AACCGCGCCGCCGCCGCCGACGACGCGCGCCAUGGACGAGACGACCGUCGCGGAGCGAAGGAAGCUCGCGCUGAGGAAGCUCGCGGGCGUGUUCGGCGCCGCCGGCGGCGGCGGCGACGGCGACGGCCGCGCCGCCGCGGAGAGGAAGCUGCUGUCCGCGGUCCUUCGGAUGACAACGGAGAAGCCCGUCGCGGAUCUCGUGCGCGACCGCCUGAGCGUCCUCUCUCUCGACGGCGACGGCGACGACGACGAUUCCGAUUCCGACGACGGCGACGGCGACGCCGCCGCCGCCGCCGCCGCCGCCGCCGCCGCCGCCGCCGCCGCCGACGACGACGACGACGACGCGACGACGACGCGAUCGACGCCCUCGAACGUCGGCGCGGCGCUGCGCUCCACCGCGAAGGGCGAAGGCGUCCCGCCCUCGCUCGCGAGCGCGGCGUUCUGGGAGCGCCUCGUCGACGGCCACCUCACGGCGUCGUCCUCGGGGAACGCGCGCCGCCACGCCGCGUCGACGAGCCCGAUCCACGCGUGGAUGACGCGCGACGACCGCGACGCGCGCGCGCUGCGGCGCGCGCUCGGACGCGACGGCUACGCGCAGUGCGGGCCCCCGGGGAGCCGCGUGGACGACUUCUCGCCGACGCAUCCGAACGACGACGCCGACGGAGAUGAUGAAGAGCGGCGCCCCGCGUCGCGGCGGCCGUGCCCGUGGACGUCUCGAUGCGCGCGGCUCGCGGUCGGGAUCGACAGGCUGCUCGACGCGGGGUGGCCGCCGGCGGCGAUAUUCGCGUACGACCACGCGUGGCUGCUCGUGGACAAGCUCUUCGAGCUCGCGGCGGCGGCGUUGGACGCGGACGCGGAGGACGGGAUCGUCUUGGAGCCGUCCGUGUUCGCGUGGGCGCUGCGACGCGUCGGGGGAGGAGGAGGGCGCGGAGGAAACGGCGUCGAGGGCGUGGGCGAGAACUUCGCGCUGCCGCACCGCGACUACAGCGCGAAGGAGGCGUGGGUCGUCGGCGAGGGAUGGGGCAGGAAAAAGAAAACCGUCGGUGGCGUCGAAGUCCUCGGCGACGACUCCGACUCCGACGCCGACUCCGACGACGCCGACGUCGAGAUCGAGUACGAGUGCGCCGCCGCGGGCGGCCGACCGACGCUCCUGUGCGUCUGGCUCCCGCUCGUCGACGCGACGCUCGACGCGGGGUGCCUGUGCGUGCUCCCGAGGGGCGACGACGCGCGGUGGGAUGACCACGAGCACCCGGACCAUCUCCGACCGGCGACGCGAAGCGACGACGGCCGCGGCACGGAGCUGACGUUCGACGUCGCGGCGGCGCGGCCGCUGCCCGCGCGCGCGGGUUCGGUGUGCGCGUGGACCGGGAACACGGUGCACUGGGGGACGAAGUGCCGUCUGCGCGAGGAGGGCGAGGACGAAAGAGGGGUCGGCGGCGAGACGAAUCAUCAGACGCCGAGGCGGUCGAUCGCGUGCACGUUUCGGAGGACGGACGCGCCCGCGUUCGAGUGCGGCGGCGGAAACGGGCGGCUGAUGCGCGCGCUGACGCGCGCGGAGUGCCGCGGCUUGGACGUCGCGGGGAGGGCGCGUCUCAUCGCGCAGGGACUCGCGUUGUACUCUCGGUGGUUCGACUACCCGACCGCGCUGCCGGGGCUCGAGUGA